CCGCACCGCUGCGGCGACUGCGGCAAAGCCUUCAGCCGCGGCUCCAACCUGGCGCAGCACCGGCGCAUCCACACGGGCGAGCGGCCUCACCGCUGCGGCGACUGCGGCAAAGGCUUCAUCCAACGCUCCGACCUGGAGCGGCACCGGCGCGUCCACACCGGCGAGCGGCCGUACGCGUGCGGCGACUGCGGCAAACGCUUCAGCGUCAGCUCCCACCUGGACCGGCACCGCCGCACUCACGCCGGCGGGCCGGGCCCGCCCGAGCAGCCCCGCGCCAAAACCAAAACGCCGGCGGCCGCGGCGGAAUCGGCGCCGUACCGCUGCCCGGAUUGCGGGAAGAGCUUCGGGCAACGCUCGGCGCUGGCGAAACACCGCAAGACUCACACGGGCGAGCGGCCGCACCGCUGCGGCGACUGCGGCAAGAGCUUCAGCCGCGGCUCCAACCUGACGCAGCACCGGCGCAUCCACACCGGCGAGCGCCCGUUCACCUGCGGCGACUGCGGCAAAGGCUUCAUCCAACGCUCCGACCUGGAGCGGCACCAGCGCGUCCACACCGGCGAGCGGCCGUAUUCCUGCGGCGAGUGCGGCAAGAGUUUCAGCGUCAGCUCGCACCUGGACCGGCACCGGAAAAUCCACGCCGCCGAACGCGCCUCGUACCGGUGUCCGGAGCACCUGGCCGGGUUUUUGGCGGCUCACCGGCACGGGAGGCUCUUCCAGUGCGGGCAGUGCGGGCGGUGUUUCGGUCAAGGCGCGGCGUUGUUGAAGCAUCAACGCUCUCACGGCGCCGCGGCGCCGAAAUGCCUGGAUUGCGGGAAAAGCCGGGGGUUGUGCCAGGAUUGCGGGCGGCAACCGGAAACGGCGCCGGAGAAGCCGUACAAGUGCCAGGAAUGCGGGAAAAGCUUCGGGCAGCGCUCGGCGCUGGUGAAACACCGGCGCAUCCACACCGGCGAGAAACCCUACAAAUGCCCCGAUUGCUCCAAAGGCUUCAUCCAAAAAUCCGACCUCACCAAACACCGGCGGAUGCACACCGGCGAGAAACCCUACAAGUGCCAGGAGUGCGGCAAGUGCUUCAGCGUCUCCUCCAACCUCUUGACCCACCAGAGGACGCACCUGGGCGAGAAACCCUUCCAG